AUGAGCACCGCCAAGACCCUCGCAUCCAUCGCCGCACCCGCGCCAGAGGUCAUCGACGAGCCCCAGGUGCAGCCAAAGCACGAGUCGAAGAGGCAAAAAGCGCUGCUCGACGCCGGGCUCGCAGAGACGCGUGUCGAGCGCGUCAGGGUCGAUGGAUUGGCCUUGAUGAAGAUCAUCAAGCACUCUCGCGAGUCGCACGCCGUCAACCCCGCACCCGCCAACACCUCGAACGCGACCGUCACCUUCUCGCCCGCGGUCGGCCAGCUCUUCGGAAUCGACUCGAACGGAACCCUCGAGGUCAGCAAUGCGUUUGGGUUGCCUGCUGGAACGUUUGGUGGACCUCCGUCGGACGGACAGGACGAGAGUAAGGGCGUCAAGGCUGCCACCAAGUACACCCAGCAGCUCGUCAGCCGCAUGUCGGACCUGAACGCCGACGCCUCAGUCGUGGGCUUCUACACCUCGACCAACAACGGCCAGGUCCUCGCCACGGGCGGCUUCAUCGAGGCGCUUGUCGGCGCACAAUUGUCCGGCGGCGGAGUCGGGAGCCUCCAGCGUGCUCAGCCGGUCAACCGCGCGGGCGUGGUUGGGCAGAAGGGACCGGUGCAGUUGCCCAGUGGGGAGGCGAACAAGAGCGGGAAGGGCAUCGCGCUUGUCUACGACAUUGCGAGCGCGACGCAGGGUGCUGUCGGCCUCAAGGCGUACCGCCUCUCGCAGGCCUUCAUCGACGCGUACCGCUCGGGCAAGUUCGACACUGCUAGCCUGAUCCAGCACAAGCUCGUUCCGACCAACAUCCUCGAGGAGCUGCCCGUGACCGUCCACUCGUCCGCGCUCUUGACCGCCUUCCUCUCGACCCUCACCGCGCCGACCUCCUCGUCGCCGACCUCCCCCCUGUCGACACCCACCUUCUCCCCCCUCUCCCUCUCUUCCCCCUCGUCCUCGUCGCACAUUCAAUCGUCGCACACCCCCGCCCCGCUCACCCAACCGCUCCAACACCUCCUCUCUUCUCUCGAGACUCACCAAGCGCACCUCUCGACUCUCUCGUUCCAAGCGCGCCAGCUCGCGCGCGACCGCACCCGACUCGAGGCCACCCAUCCGGCUGUCGCGAAGAGGCGCUUGGAGAACGAGCAGCGCGCGAGGGAGGGUCUCCCUCCUCUGCCUAUGACGGACGACGAGGUCCGUGCGGGUUUGAAGGAGCCCAGCAGGCUCGAGACGAUGUGUGCGCUUGCGGCGGUCGAGGGAGCGGCGAAGAGUCUUGCCGAGGCGACCGGGACGGCGAUCGCUAGGGCGUAUGGGGCCAAGGCGGGCGUCGAGGGAGCGGAGCCUGCGUCCGCUACGGCGUGA